AUGCCUCGUUCGAAGAGAUCUAAGCUCGUCACUUUGGCGCAGACCGACAAAAAGGGUCGUGAGAACAAGAACAGAAUCUUCGAUGAGGUUAGAGCUGCUCUGGACGCCCACAAGUACACGUGGGUGCUUGGUUUGGAGGACGUUAGAACUCCUGUUUUGCAGGAUAUCCGCAGAGACUGGGUCGGAUCCAAGUUGAUCCUCGGAAAGAGAAAGGUUCUUGAGAAGGCUCUGGGAGAGUCUCCAGAACAGGAAUACAAAGACAACCUACACAAGAUCGUUCAAUACACAGAUGGACUGAUCGGACUGCUAUUUACAGACGAAGAACCAGAAACUGUUAAGGCAUACUUCAACGCAUACGUCAAGUCUGACUAUCCAAGAGCCAAGUCCAAGUCGCCAAUAACGUUUGUGAUUCCAGAAGGGAUUGUGUACUCUCGUGGAGGACAAGUUCCUGAGGAGGAAGACGUUCCAAUGUCGCAUUCGAUGGAGCCAACUUUGCGUAACAAAUUCAAGCUGCCAACCAAGAUUGUGUCUGGAAAAAUCACCCUCCCUGAGCCAUACAAAGUUGUCAACGAAGGUGACGUUUUGGAUGUUAGACAAGCUUUAAUUUUGAAGACUUUUGGAGUCGCGUGUGCAGACUUCAAGGUUGAGAUGCGCGCUUAUCACGACGGGGAAUCUAACGAGGUGGUACCAUUGAACUAG